AUGAACAAUCUGGUUAUAUACAUUCUAGACAAGGGAUACGACGCCAGUGCGGAAAACGAGGAUAUUUCGGUUACCACAGCCGUUUUUAGGCGGCACAUCGACACACUACAGCUGCUGUUGAGACGCGGCGCCAACGUUGAGAGUAUUGGCUUAUAUGAGGAUAGGACCGCCCUUCAUAUUGCUGUUAAGAAAGAUACUACUAUCACAAGGAUAUUACUAGAGAAUGGAGCAAACCCGAAUGCUCACAGCGUGGGAUCUGGCACGCCGCUUGCUAUUGCCUCUUUUUACGACAAUGAAUCCGCUAUCGAGCUGUUGAUCAAAUACAAAGCUGAUAUAAACUGUGUCGGGGUUCCAAAAUAUGGAAGCGCUCUCUGUGCCGCCGCGUCUAAUUGCUCCCUUCGAGCCUCCAUCGGUUUCUUAGUGGAAGAAACUGGAGACGAUAUCAAUACAACAGGCGGCUUUUAUGGCAGUGCCUUACAGGCAGCAUCAUCCAAGGGAUAUGUACAUCUCGUCGAAAUGCUUCUUAGAAAUGGCGCAUUGAUAAAUGCGAAAGGCGGUCGCUGUGGGACUGCCCUCCAAGCAGCUUCGUAUCAUGGUCACGUCUCUGUGGUGUACUGGCUGCUCGAAAAUGGCGCCGAUGUAAACCAAAUGGGCGGUUUAUACGGCACUGCAUUGCAAGCAGCUGCUUUUAAUGGCCAUGCGGACGUGGCUGAGCUUCUGCUCGAACGUGGAGCAGACAUAAACUUAGAAGGGGGAAAGUACAAUACUGCAUUAGACGCAGCAAAGCAGAGGAAGCUUCUUUGCCAAAGAGUGAGAAAGUUUCUCUUGAGCCGUGGAGCUGUGGAUCACGGCCUUGAGUAUACAUAUAACUCGGCCGAUGAUAGCGACAACUACGACAGAAGUAGCGAUAGAUCUAACUCCGACGAAGACGAGGAAGAGUCAGUAUAA